UGGCCUAAAUGCAUACAUGACAGUGUUUUAAACUUCCUCUUUAUUUUAUAUCUCACCUUGAACGUUUUUAACUUGUAUCAAUCUACAUUCGGAGUGACAAAAGCAUAAUGGACUUACGGAUUCUCUGUUUAUUUGUUACUGUGGUUUAUGUUGUUGUUAGAGCUCGUAUUAUGUGUAAUUUCCAACCGAAGAGCUGGACGUCUGCUAUGCACCACUGCCUCAAUCUAAGUGGCACUCCAGUAGGUGUAAGCACAUUCUGGUCGCAGGCCGGACUUCAGUUGAACGGAUCGUUUUGGACUGCCAACUAUGUUUUAAGGUUCGAGACUACAGAUUCUCCUGUCAAGUGUGGAUACCGAACGAUGGGAACAGAAAAUCAGAUCAGUCAGGCAAAGUUAGGAAAUUGUUCAGAAAUAAGAAAUUACAUUUGUUGCGACAACACCAUGAUAGAAUCGUGUGUAAAGAAUGGAACCUGGCAAGAAGCGUCCAAAUGUAACAAAACGUACUUAAAACCACCAGAACAACUGCCUGUUGGUGAUUACUGGCUCAGAACUGCAUUUGGCUACCAAGAUAGCAUAUAUACAGGUGGAAGCGUACAAAGACUUGACCGUUGUGGAGUUGUGGGCGUCAAUGGGAGUUUUACGUUUGUCAGUGACUGUGUCACUUCGCAGUAUUCUCUUUGUGAAGUUGACAAUUACACCGGAAGAGAUCUUUCAGGAUGCGGACCAACUUAUUUAAUAAAUGAGACUUCCUCAAUAAACGAGACUCAAUCGACAGAUUCUAUAGGCACCGCUCUUGGCAUCGGUUUAAGUGUAAGCGCAAGCAUCGUGGUAAUUGUAAUAUUUACAACCGUCAGCGUUUGCGUUUAUAAACGAAGACAUAAGCGUAAACCUGGCAAUUCGCAAGUGUCAGUUCGUAUGAACGUAUUGUACGACGCCAGUAGCCGAAAUGAGACGCUCAGAAAACCUGCGCACAUACAUGAAAGUUACGAGUACGCAGUUCCGGGUCGACGGCGACAAACCGACGGAAUCCGGCAUGGAACAAAUUGUAUUGACAAUGAAGUUGCUGACAUUAAUUUCUAUACAAAAGCAACAGCAAACACAGAAAUUAACUCGAAUAAAGUUGAUGUACAUUCGAGAGAAGGAAACAACAAGGGGUUUACUGGGGAUAACACAGUAAUUAAAAGUAACAGCGAACAUGGGUUUCGACACGUCUAUGGUAACACGGAUGUAAUGGGCGACGAAUAUGAUGGUGUUACUUUUUCUGACGCACCGGAUCCGAUCACCAUCAACGUGUAUAGCCACCUUGGUAACCAUGGUCACGAGGACGCAUACAACGUCGCUUCGUGUACUCAAACACUGAAGGCGCAAGAAAGACUGAGUGAUUACGAUAGACUAGAUAAACAUUAGUAGCAUCAAAAUGAACAUUGACACUUGGUUAGUUACAUAGGGGGUAAUAACGUGACGAUAAAUAUGGCGACGUCCAUGCCGAGGCAGGUAUUUUUCGUCGUUUCAUACCCAAUAUAACUAGAAUUAAUUGUUUAAAUACCGCUCGCCUUUCAGCAAUAUCCAUGAGAUAGUGUCUAGCGUUUAUUUUGCAUUAAUAUUCGCUCUAUAUUUCGACUAAACUCGCUACGAAAUUGCUUAGGGGAAUCUCAAAAAUACAGAUCCCGCUUAGAAAAUUCGAAGAGUGUAAAGUAGACAAAUAAAGCGAAUAUUAAUAAGAAAUAAACGCUAAUCACUUUCUUACUGAUAUUACGCAAAAGUAAUAAAGGGUAUACAACUGCAAAAAUAACCCAUUUCGGCACGGACCUCCCAUCUUGAUCGUCACGUGAUUAACACACUCUGAAUUACAUGGCAGUCAUUUUUGUUUUUUGUUUUUUAUUUAUGUGAAACGAGAACCUCAGCUUGAACAAAACAAUUUGUGUUGUAGAGUGGGUACCCUUUUGAAUCAUGAUUAAAAGUGAAUUUUAGCCCGAUAAGUGGCGAAACCGGGAAAGAUCACUCACAAAUAAGUUUGAUAUCACUACGCAAUGUUUUAUUCUGAUAAUUUCAUCUCGUUUGGUUAUUGCUUUUUACACCAUAAACUAUAUUUUUCUCAUAGCCUCAACUUAAAAAUAUAUUGUAGAAUAAAGAUAAUAUUAUG